AUGAGUGAUUUAGACAGACAAAUAGAACAGCUUCGCAGAUGUGAGCCAAUAAAGGAAUCAGAAGUGAAGCUAUUAUGUAUGAAAGCACGGGAAAUAUUAGUAGAAGAAGCAAAUGUACAGAGAGUAGAUACUCCAGUGACAAUAUGUGGAGAUAUACAUGGUCAGUUUUUUGAUCUAAUGGAGCUAUUUAAGGUGGGGGGCGAAUUACCAGAUACGAAUUACUUAUUCUUAGGUGACUUUGUAGACCGUGGAUAUUAUAGCGUUGAAACAUUCCUAUUACUAAUUGCCUUGAAAGUUAGAUAUCCUGAUCGUAUAAUGCUUAUUAGAGGAAAUCACGAGACACGCCAAAUAACUCAAGUUUAUGGAUUCUAUGAUGAAUGUCUACGGAAAUAUGGUAGUGUUAAUGUUUGGCGUUAUUGUACCGAAAUUUUUGAUUAUCUAUCCUUAGCAGCACUAAUAGAAGAUCGUAUUUUAUGUGUACAUGGCGGAUUAUCACCGAGUAUAACAAAUAUAGAUGAAAUAAGGAGUUUAGAUAGAAAACAAGAGGUUCCUCAUGACGGUUCAAUGUGUGAUUUACUUUGGUCUGAUCCUGAAGAUAUAAAUGGUUGGGGUAUAAGUCCGAGAGGAGCUGGAUAUAUUUUUGGUUCAGAUGUUGUAAAGAACUUUAAUCACUGCAAUGACAUUGAACUUAUUACUAGAGCUCACCAAUUAGCUAUGGACGGAUAUAAAUGGUGGUUUGAUCAGAACCUUGUUACAGUUUGGAGUGCUCCAAAUUACUGUUAUAGAUGCGGAAACAUUGCUACUAUUAUGGAAUUAGAUGAGCAAUUGAACUAUCACUUUAAGACAUUUGAAGCUGCACCUGCCGAACAAAGAGGAAUCCCUGCUAAGAGACCUGCUCCAGACUACUUUAUUUAA